CACAUCCAUUUCCAUCAACACAAAAACUGAAAUGGCAACUUUCAGCGUACGGUCUGUCUUGGGAAUCAGGAUAAGGCCGCUCUGUGCUCGCCUGGGACACAACUCUGAUUUUAUAUCUGGACAAUUACGAUCGUCGCAACGGCUCUUCUUCUCAACGACAAGCACUGUUUGCUAUGCAAGGCCCGCCUCCAAGAAGGGGACGGUCCCUGUGGAGGAGAAGGCUCUACUGGGGAGACCAUCGAACAACCUGAAGAUCGGCAUUCUCGGUGUGCCCAAUGUUGGAAAAUCCACGUUCUUCAAUGCCCUGACCAACUCCUCCGUCCCCGCCGAAAACUUCCCUUUCUGUACGAUCGACCCUUCCGAAGCCCGUGUCAUCGUCCCGGAUGAUCGCUUCUCCUGGCUCGUCCAACAAUACCAACCCCAAAAAGAAACCCCAGCUUACUUGACCGUCAUCGAUAUCGCUGGUUUGGUCCGUGGGGCUGCUCAGGGUGAGGGGCUCGGCAACGCCUUUCUUUCCCACGUCCGAUCCGUUGAUGCCCUCUUCCAUCUCUGCCGCGGCUUCGAUGACCCCGGCGUCAUGCAUGUCGACGGCUCCGUCGACCCUGUCCGCGACCUCGAAACCAUCCACUAUGAACUCCUCCUCCGCGACAUCGACUGGUUGCAAAAGAUCCAUCAGGAACACAAAGCCGUAGCGACCCGGUUAGGUUCUGGAACUGGCGGUACUCCUGCAGAGAAGAAAAAAAAGGAAGACUUUGCGGCCAUAGAGAAAUGUCUGGCAUGGGUAGAACAGGGCAACGAUAUCCGGACGGGCGGCUGGACCAACAAGGAGAUCGAGGUCAUCAAUCAGCAAUACCUCCUGACUGCAAAACCAAUGAUCUACCUCGUCAAUAUCAGUGAACACGACUAUUUGCAUCUCUCCAAGGCCCCGAAUCCAGUCAUCCAGAAGAUUCAGGACUGGAUCGAUAAGCAUCAUCCCGGCGACUUGUUGAUCCCCUUCUCGGGGUCGUUUGAGAACCAGCUUUCAUUAUUCAAUGACUCACCAGAGGAUAAGCAGACAGUGCUGGACGAUGCCUCACAACAGGUUGGCUCCACAAUUACGUCCGCAUUACCAGAAGUCAUCAUUAGGGGACGUGAGGCCUUGAGCUUACAGCAGUUCUUCACGGCGGGACCAGGGGAAGUUCGAUCCUGGACCACGAGGAAGAAUACUCUGGCACCGCAGGCUGCCGGUGUUAUCCACAGCGAUUUCGAGCGCGGAUUUAUCAUGGCCGAGGUCAUGAAAAUGGAAGACCUGAAAGAGCUUGGAUCUGAGGCGGCUGUCAAGGCCGCUGGCAAAUACUACUCCAAGGGCAAGGACUACGUUGUUGAGGAUGGCGAUGUUGUCUACUUCAAAUUCAAUGUCACCAACAAGAAGAAGUAAUAAAGGUGCUCUUUAUGUUUAUUGCUG